AUGUCCCGUCCCAUGUCCAACCCCGCGGCGCUUGCGGCAGCCGCCGCGACCAACCCCCAGAUGUCGCUGGGCCUGGGGUCUCUGGCGCUGGCGCUGAACUCGCUGGUGGUGGGGCUCCACUACAAGAUCGGCAAAAAGAUUGGCGAAGGGCUGUUCGGGGUCAUCUUCGAAGGUACCAACAUAAUAAACGGAGUGCCAGUGGCGAUCAAGUUCGAACCCCGCAAGACUGAGGCCCCCCAGCUCCGUGAUGAGUACCGUACCUACAAGCACUUGCAAGGGCUGGAGGGUAUCCCCAACGCGUACUACUUCGGCCAGGAAGGGUUGCACAACAUUCUUGUUAUCGACCUUCUUGGUCCGUCUCUUGAAGACUUGUUUGACUGGUGUGGCCGCAUGUUCACCGUCAAGACCGUCGUUCAGGUCGCCAUUCAAAUGCUUAACCUUGUCGAAGAAGUGCACCGCCACGACCUCAUCUACCGCGAUAUCAAGCCCGACAACUUCUUGAUUGGCCGCCAGGGGAUGCCCGACGAAAACAAAGUGCACCUCAUCGACUUUGGUAUGGCGAAGCAAUACCGAGAUCUGCGCACGAAGCAACACAUCCCGUACCGUGAAAAGAAGCUGUUGAGUGGUACCGCCCGGUACAUGUCGAUCAACACUCACUUGGGACGUGAACAGCUGCGUCGAGACGAUCUUGAAGCCCUUGGCCACGUCUUUUUCUACUUCUUGCGCGGUCAGUUGCCGUGGCAAGGUCUUAAAGCCCCUACCAACAAGCAAAAAUACGAAAAGAUCGGUGACAAGAAGCGCACCACCCCCGCGAUCGCUCUUUGCGAUGGGUUGCCGCGGCAGUUCGCUGAAUACUUAGACUCGGUCCGGCUGUUGCCAUUCGAUGCCGAGCCUGCUUACGAAGAGUACCGCAUGUUGUUGCUUCUGGUUCUUGACGACCAAGGCGAACAAUGUGACGGCGACUACGACUGGUUGCAUCUCAACGGCGGCCGUGGUUGGGAUGCUGCCAUCAACAAAAAGCCCAACUUACAUGGGUACGGCCACCCCAACCCUCCCAAUGAACGCGACCGUCGCCAUCGGGCUGAACGGCGCUCACGCCAUCAUCAACUGGCCACCGCCGCUGCUGCGAACAACUCAACGCCGGGCCUGGGCCAGCAAUUGUCCGCAGCUCAAUUACAUCAACAAAAGUUGCAACACUUGGUCAACCGCCCUUUGCCUCCGAUAAAGCAGGAAACUACUCAAGGACAACUGGCUGUGGCCCGCGUGCCCCUGGCGGCUGGAGGUACCGGCAACCAGGGUCACGGUUUGGGGACCGACAUUCCCAACGGCAACAUGAAGUAUGCCGACCGUCCACAAAAUCAUUACGCUCAACAAGACGCCGAGGAAGAACACAAGGGGUUCUGGUCCAAGUUGUGUUGCCAGUAA